UAUUUACAAAUUUUACAAGUCCAGUUGUACUGCGUACGGAAAUAUGGCAGCUCGCGGAGUUACGACGUCUGACCUUAACAGUUGCCUUGGUCAUGGGACGUAGUAUCGCCUUCUUCGGUCUUGUCGUUGAUCGGAAUCGGCAAAAAACAUAUCUUCGUGAUCGGUCUAGUGUACUCAGGGCGUGCCGUUUUGACCUUGACCACGCGGACGAGCCCAUCGUCCCCAGGAUGGCAAGCGGUGAUACGGCCGAAUUCCCACAUGCUGGGGGAAAGGUUGGCGUUGCGAAGGAGCACAAUUUGGCCUACUCUGAAAGACGCUGAACCAUCUGCCAGCGAGACAGUCUUUCCUCUCUAAGGUUAAGUACACUUGGUUCCAGUGGAGUCGCAAGGUUUGUCCCGAUGAGGAAGUGGGCUGGUGUCAACACUUCGAAGUCAUCGAUACUGUUUGACAUAGCAGCGAGGGGGCGUGAGUUUAAGUACGCCUCAAUGCGACAGAGAAGCGUUCCCAUCUCUUCUUGGUCCCCCAAAAUGUGGAGCAGCUGGGGGUAUAAACUUCCAUUUCACUCCAUCAACGGCGAUUCGAUUAGCGAAAUUUGGGUCGUCGACUGCUGCUCGGAACGCCUGGUCGAGUUCCUUGUUUGCUCCUUGAAAGGUGGUGCCAUUAUCGGAGUAAAGGAACGUCGGCAUUCCUCGUCGGGCUACAAAACUGUGGAAUGCGGCAACGAAUGCGGCGGAGGAAUAAUCAUUCACCAAUUCGAGGUGAAUCGCCUUGCUGGGAAGUUUCCCAUGAGUUCCUUGGGGGCUUCUGCCCUCUCGCGAGUACAUGGCACACAAUUGUACAACACGGCGCGAAUAGUGGCUCUGGCUCUGAGUAUCCAGAACUCGGUUCUCAGUUUGGCAAGAGUUAAUAAUGGUCCAGCGUGCAAAUUUUGCAACUAAUGGCGAGUUCAUCAGACGACGUCGAGCUCGAAUAAGUCCUUCAGAGUCAAGGAAUGGUACCAAUGCACUGAUUGGGCUUGGCUUAGGAAUCGGUGUGGAGGCCUUAAGAAGUUGGAGUUCAUGGGGAAAUGAUUCAGCUUGCAUAUAUCGCAGGAAAAAGAGUUUCGCUCGCUCCACUUCACAAGGUCGCAAGGUCAUGGAAUUUGAAACGGUCGGUCGAGGUGAGUGCUUUUUAAAAGUUUUCGUAUGGUUUUAUCGAGAAAACGAUAUAAAUAUGCGGCAACUUUUUGCAAUUUUGGCCACGAGGAAAACCGCGUCAUUAGUUGCCAUGUUUCCUCGACUGCGAGUGCGCAAUUUAAUUCGCGAAUUCUUUCUUCUGACGAAUUAUCAAUGACGCCUUGAAACGAGGCCGGCCAAGAAUCCGAGGAAGCAGACAACCAUGACGGACCGUGCCACCACAAAAUAUGGUUGCUAAGUUGGGAGGGAUAGAGACCGCGAGAAGCGCAAUCUGCAGGAUUGUCACGAGUUGGCACAUAACGCCAUGCAAUGUCUGGUAGUAAUUGCUGUACUUUCGCUACUCGAUUGGCAACGAAGGUUUUCCAGCGGAAUGGAGGCUGCGGCAACCACUGCAAGGUUAUGCUUGAGUCGGUCCAGCAAUAACAA